AUGGUAUGUUUCCACUUCAAUGUAAUUUUAUUUCUGAUUCUGCCAACAGUUUCUAGUGGAAUCUUACAUCCAAGCGCUGGCACAAGUGUUGGUGGAACCACUGGUGGGGUUACAGACGGCCAGGGUCCAACUGGUGCUGGCGUCAAAGCUCCUAAACCAUUUAUACCAGGUGCAGGUGGAUAUCCCUACGGUGUACCAUAUGGAGUGCCUCAGACUGGUCCCGUCGUCCAGCCUGGAGUUCCUACACUGCCUGGAGCGAAGCCUCUGAAACCUCCUGUAACAGGAGUUGGAGCGGGAAUCCCACUGGCAGCAGGCAGUUAUCCAGGGGGAUACAAUCCAUAUCAACAAGGUUAUGGACAGGGUGGACCGGCAGCAGCUGGUGGCGGAGCUAAAGCACCCAAGCCAGGAUAUGGUAAUCUUGGAGCUGGUGGUGUGCCUCAGGCAGGUGGGCCUGCCUAUCCUGGUUAUGGAUACCCCCAGCAGUUCUACCCAGGUGGAUAUGCCCCAGCCCCACUGAAUCCUCAACAAGCCAAAGCAGCAAAGUACGGUCCACUGCAGGCAUUCCUAGGUGGUGGUGGUGGAGGAGGAGGUGGACAAGGAGCCUAUAGAGGUGCCGUUCCAGGAUGCCUGGGCAAAUACUGUGGAAGGAGGAAGUAAAGAAACUCUUGAGAUCCAGUGACUUCAAGAAAACACGGUGCUACUGCAUGAUAUAGAAUGUACAUUUAUAUGCAAAUGAAGCUCCAUUAGACAACUUGUAAAGAUGUUUGCUUCUACUUACUUGACUUCAGUGUCUGUUUUUAUACAAACCCACCGACCCAGAAUUUUGUACACAUUCUGAUGUGACAUAUGCUAAUGAUAGUGCCUUUAAUCAUUAAUGUGUUCAAGAUAAUCAGCUUUAACCUGCCGUGCUGCAAGAAAAUACAGUGUGUGUUUGUGUCACUGUGUGUUGCAAUGUAUGUAUGUGUGUGUGUGUGUGUGUGUGUUGUUUGGGCCCAUAGUUGUACUGUUGUGAGAUAAACUGUCUGAACCCUCAACUGCCUGUAAUUUCUCUUUCGGCCCUAAUCCCUGAAGGAGGACAAUCUGUCUCACCUGGCUGCACAAAACUCAUCACCUCUCUGAUGUGUCACAGGGAGGCAGCUUGGUCCAAGAGACGUUAAAAUCUGGCCAAUCCCGGCCACGCCUCUGGCUCCCUGUUCUCUCUGCUGCUAUUUUUAGGCCUGCUGGGCAUAAAGCAGCGGAAGCCAGGGGUCUGGCCAACCCAUCUGCUCUCUACAACUUUGCUGAUUCAAGAUACUAUGCAAAUCAGUUUUUAUAGGAGUUUUAAUGUUGUUAAACAUGUUCUGCUUUUAGUGGGACAUUGUGAUAAAGACAAUAAAAAAUGUGUCUUAUUCUUACCAGGAAUGGGGAAGCUUUUAGUUUCAAGUAGGUCCAAACAUAGUUCAGUUACAACUCUGGCCUGUAAUUAUAUAUGUUGGAGAAUGUCCGAUUGCCCUAAUGUGUAGAAAAGACAGAAGGCUUGAGUCUGGUUCUAGUUUUUAGUCUCAUUUCUGUCAUUACAUUACUCAACAUUUCUGCAACAAUCUUUGACCCAUGGCUUUAUUGUUAUCAAGAAAGUGUGAACAUAAAAACAAGAACAAUCUUUUGCUUUAGCACAUAUUCCCUGUUAUUAAGUGUAGUAUAGAAUAAUGCUUUGUUUCAUAGGAAAGCCAUGGGAGAGCUUGGUUACUUACUUGACGUGCUUUUAUAAAGGCUUUACUGACCAAAGGUUCCUGAGCGCUGUUGCCUUGUGACCCAUCUCUCUCUGUCUGUGUGUAACUAUGUACUGUAUUUUGUACUAAUUUGGUGUUAGCUGGCUUCAGUUCCUUCACUCGGUGCUGUGUAAGAACUGCAUUUGAGCCUCGCUGGGUCAGACCUUGUCCUCUUGUGGCGUGGGAUAGUCUUCAUCUUUAUUUAAAACUGUUUUUAGAAGGAGGAACAGUGUGGUUUUGCACUUUUUAUAUCUCCACGACACACAUGUGACUUGUUCCCGGCUAUCCCACAUUUUAUUUGCUUCAACAAAUAACAAAAUAAAAUGUGUUUAAAGAA